AUGGAGUACGGAGAUCUAGAAGAAGACACGCUCGGAAUGACUUUAACAUCGGGAACAUGUACAUUGAAAAAGGAUACUCAAAAUCUAGUUGGUAUUAGUAUUGGUGGUGGUGCACCACUUUGUCCAUGUUUAUACAUUGUUCAAAUAUUUGAUAAUACAGCUGCAUCGAGAGACGGUUCUUUAGCAGCUGGCGAUGAAAUUGUGUCUGUUAACGGAAAAUCGGUUAAAGGCCGAACGAAAGUAGAAGUAGCAAAACUCAUUCAAGCUUCUAAAUCAGAAGUAGCGAUACACUAUAAUAAGUUGCAUGCACAACCAAAAGAAGGCAAAACAUUGGAUAUAGUUUUGAAAAAAAUGAAGCAUCGUAUCGUGGAAGGGAUGAGUUCAACAACAGCUGAUGCACUUGGUCUUAGUCGGGCUAUUCUCUGCAAUGAUGGCCUUAUUAAAAAAUUGGAUGAACUUGAACGAACAUCAGAAUUAUAUCGUGGUCUUAUAGAACAUACACGUGCUGUUCUCAAAGCAAUUUUUGAAUUAGCACAUACACAUCGUGGUUUUGGUGAUGCAUUUGCUAACAUUGGUGCACGUGAGCCACAAUUCAAAGCAUCGGAAGCCUUCACAAAAUUUGGUGAAGCUCAUCGACAAAUCGAUCGUCAUGCAAUAACGUUACUUCGCACUGUUAAGCCUAUGAUUGCUGAUCUGAAUACUUAUUUGACAAAAGCUAUUCCAGAUACCAAAUUAACGAUUGAAAAAUAUGCCGAUGCCAAAUUUGAAUAUUUAUCUUAUUGUUUGAAAGUGAAAGAAAUGGAUGACGAAGAAUGUAGUUAUGCUGCGCUCCAAGAACCGCUCUAUCGCGUAGAAACAGGCAAUUAUGAAUAUCGAUUGAUUCUCCGAUGUCGACAAUUAGCUCGUGAACGUUUCGCUAAAAUGCGUGCUGAUGUACUUGUCAAAUUAGAAUUGCUCGACCAGAAACACGUUCAAGAUAUCGUUUUUCAAUUACAUCGUUUCAUAACCGCAUUGGAUAAGUAUCAUAAAGAUUGUAAUGAAGUUAUGAAAGAAGCCGACAUCUUUCCAAUCGAAGUUGACCUGUCACUACCAACACUUCGCGGCAAAGGAAAUCCUGAGGAUGACGAUGAUGUCGAUGACGAGAAUAGCAAUGAUGAAGAAAACGACAAUGAUCUGAUAAAUGAUGAUCAGCAAAUAAUCAAUUUUAAUCAACAACAAACAGGAAAAGAUGUUGAUCUAUUAAACAUUGGCCCAUAA